AUGGUACGCCGGGCCGCUUCGAUCGUGCACACGAAGGACACUUACUAUGUCCAGUUUUCUUUCGACGGUCACCCCGAUGUGGACGACCAACUCCGCGAAAUGGUCCACCACUGGCAUUUGAAGCCGGCCUCCACGCAAUUUUCCCAGUAUGGCGCGUGGACAAGGUACUUUACCUUGCGAUUCCCCCGUACCUUGAUCAAGCCACAAGAGCCGCUCCGCCCGUCUGUCCCCGGACAGCAUAUCCUUGACGCGGUGCCGGGCGGGCGUGGAAAUGACGAGCGAGCGGCCGCCGGUCAAGCGCUGGCUGGGCGGCCCCCGACUAGUGUCGACUGGGACGGAGGGAUUGUGUACUCGCGCACGAAGUCCGGCACGAAGUACCCUGACUUCCUCAUCAGUUCGUACUACGGCCUCAAAGAGCCAGGGGGUCAGGAGCUGGAGCGGGAGGUGCCACGCCUCGUUGUUGAAGUCGGGUCGCUGCGUCCCGACGAGGUGAUUCCGACAAUCGACGACCGGAUCGCUAUAUUGAAACAGCUGCAAUCGUACAUGGCGCGAGUCGUCGCUCAUGUGGACCUCAGGAAGCAUGAGCUGCCGUGGGGGCUAGCGAUCAUCGGGACUUACGCAGCGUGGUUGCGCCCUAGCCGCCGCAACGCCCAAUGCGCAUGGGAGUACAUUGGCGGCUUUCACUCCGGUCGCGGAUACUGGACGAGCAUCUACGGGCUCGAAUUCCGAAAGUAUAUCGAUGAGCGGGCGGACAAGUGCCGUCUCGACUCCAUUGCCUACGCCCGUGCGUACCGGGAGAAGCUCGAUAACCUCCAGAACGCGCCGCCGGAAGUCAUCCUCCCAGCGUAG